AUGGUCAUACAUAAUUGUAGUCCUGGUACGAAAGGAAAUAUUUGGUUAUUCUGGAACAAAGGUAUACAACAACCUCAAGUUAUUUCAGUUUCUAGUCAGAUGUUAACUGUAAGUGUUGGUGAUGUGUUAGUGUCUGGUGUUCAUGCACAUGCCAAAGUUAUUCAGAGAAGGUUUUUGUGGUCAGAAAUGAAGAUUAUAAGUGAUCUUAAUAAACCAUGGAUUAUUUUAGGUGAUUUUAAUGCAGUACUCACUCAAGAUGAGAAGGUGGGUGGUAGAGUACCUAACAUAAAUUCAAUGUUAGAAUUUAAUGAUUGCCUAAAUCAGUGUGAGUUAUUGCAAGCUCCCAAAACUGGAUUACAAUACUCAUGGUCUAAUUGUCAACAUGGAAGCGGGAGAAUUUUAUGCAAUUUAGACAGGGUUGUUUUUAAUCAAAAAUGGUUGCAGAUGUAUAGUGAUUGGGGGUAUAAUGUUGGCAUGAGAAUUGUCUCUGAUCAUGCACCUUUGUUAGGAGCAUGUGCUAAUAUUCCAAAACCAAAAAACACUCCAAGGAAAUUCCAAAAAAUAUGGCUCAGUCAUCCAGAAUUUAUGCAAGUUGUAUCAAAUUGUUGGUCUCAAAAUGUAGUGGGGGAUCCUGCUUUUCAGUUUCUACACAAGUUGAAGGAGUUAAAAAAGGUUCCCAACACAUGGAACUGGGAAGUCUUUGGUGAUGUUCAGGUAAAGAUUAAGGAAGCUGCAGAUAAAGUAAAUUUGGCAACUCAAAUUUCAUAUGCUAAUCCAUUUGAUGAGGAUGCUCUUGCUAAUUUAGUUCAAGCUCAAAAUGAACAUGCUAGUAGAGAAACUCAAGCCAAUACUCUGAUAAGGCAAAAAUAUAGAUUCAAGUGGAUAAAAGAAGGUUCAACUAAUACCAAUUUUUUUCAUACUAAAAUGAAAAUAAGAAAUGCCAAAAACAUGAUUAGUGAGCUUGAAGACACUGAGAGUAAUGUAGUUGCAAAUCAAGACAAAAUAGUUGAAGCUUUGGUUGAUCACUUUCAAAAGAAGUUUGAAUUUCAGCCUGUGAGUGGAGCAGAAAAUUUGCUAGAUGUUAUACCAAAACUCACUACUGAAGAAGAUCAGCAAAAAUUAGAUAUACUUCCAGAAGAGGAGGAAAUUAAAGCUGCCAUUUUUGACAUGGAUCCAGAGAGUGCUCCUGGUCCUGAUGGUUUUUCUGGUAUCUUAUUUAGAAGUUGUUGGAACAUUAUCAAAAAUGACUUGGUAGCAGCUAUCAAAUUCUGUUGGAGGAGAAGAUUUAUACCAAAAGGGAUGAACUCAAGUUUCUUAUUCUUGUUGCCUAAGACUCAAGGAGCUAAAACUGCUAGUCUAUUUAGGCCAAUUGGAUUAAAUAAUGUGGUUUUCAAGAUCUUUACUAAGAUAAUCACCAAAAGAAUGAGUGGGAUUAUGGAAAAGUUAAUAUCUCCUCAGCAAGCAGCUUAUAUAAAGGGAAGAAACAUACAUGAGCAAGUUUUGCUUGCUUCUGAGUUGGUCAAUGAGAUGAAAUUCAAAAGAAGGAGAGGUAAUGUAGGAAUUAAGCUUGAUAUUUCUCAGGCCUAUGACUCAUUAAUGGAGGCCCAUGUGGAUUUUUUUUCUGUGGGGAGAGGCUUGAGACAGGGUGAUCCACUCUCUCCAAUUCUCUUUGUUCUGAUGGAAGAUGUUUUAAGAAGAAACAUCUCUGCUUUAUUGGAAAGAGGUGAGACGCAACCAAUGGUUAUGAAGAAUGGAAUACAUCCUACUCAUCUGUUUUUUGCAGAUGAUGUAUUCAUAUUCUGUAGUGGAGGUAAGAAGAGUCUUAAGAAUUUGUUUAAACUACUAGAUGAAUAUCAAGCUGUUUCUGGUCAGAUCAUUAACAAACACAAAAGUAAGCUAUUUGUGGAUGGUACUUCACAUAUAAGAAGGCAAUUGAUUAGUAACAUGUUACACAUGGAAGUAGCCAAAUUCCCUGACAAAUAUUUGGGGGUAUAUCUUGCUCCAGGAAAAGUUACAUCUGCAAUGGUUUGGCAUAUAAUUGAAGUUCUUCAAAGCAAAUUGGCAUCAUGGAAAGGUAACUUACUAUCUUUUCAUGAUAGAUUGGUGCUAGUUAAAUCUGUUCUUAGUAACUUAUCUAUCUAUAACAUGUCAGUUUAUAGAUGGCCUUCUUCUAUGAUUAAAAUAUGUGAAAAACUUGUAAGGAAUUUCUUGUGGACUGGAGAUGGAGACGUAAAAAAAUUCAAAACUCUUUCAUGGAAAAAAGUUUGCACCCCUUAUGAGGAAGGUGGUAUAGGUAUUAAAAUACUAAAAGUUGUCAACCAAUCAUUGUUAAUGAAGCUCAUGUGGAGAAUUUUAAAUUCAGAUGAAGAAUGGGCAUUUUUUUUAUCUGCAAAAUUUCAAGAUAGAUAUGGCCAAUGGACAUCAAAUUGGAGACAAUCCACAAUUUGGAAAGGACUGAAAUGGGCUUGGAAUUCUUUAAAAGAUGAUAUCAGAUGGAAAGUUGGAGAUGGCUCAUACAUUUCAGUUUGGUUUGAUAUUUGGUUGGGAGAAAAUCCAUUGAUAAAUGAAAUUGGUUAUAUAGAUUAUGUCAAGCACAAUAUUGGUCUGAAAGUGAAUGCAUUUUUAUCUGAAGGUCAGUGGAACAUUCCAGUUGAAUUGCAACCACUUAUCUCCAAUCAUCAGUUGCCUGCAGUUCAUGGUGGUGGUGAUAUAAGAUUAUGUAAUGCUGAUAAAAAUGGUACUUUCUCAACUCAUUCUGCAGUUGAAAGAAUAAGACAUCAUAAGCCAGUUUUAUCAUGGACAAAAUAUAUUUGGCAGCAUUUUAUUCAUCCUAGUAUUGCCAGCAAUGUAUGGAAGCUGCAACAAGAAGUCUAUGUAGAUGAUACUAUCAUGGUGAAGAGGGGAUUUGAAAUGGUUUCCAUCUGCUGCAUUUGUUGUGAAGAUCAAGAUAAUAUGAAUCAUACUCUCUGGGAGUGUGAGUUCAGUGUUGCAGUUUGGGAUUGGUUGACUAUGGUUUUUGGAUUUUCAAGGCCUAAACCAUUUACAGAUGUUUGUCAGGUGGCAAAACACAAAGGUACAAUGGUAAAACGGAUGUGGAUGACAGCUGAUUGUGCUACUAUGAAAGAGCUGUGGUUUCAGAGAAAUGCCAAGUUUUUUAGUGAAAUUAAGCCUAAUCUCGAUAGAUUUAAAAGUAGAAUCAUUCAGCAAGUUCAUGAAGGCAGUUACAGAAUGACACCAUGA